GACCCCUCAUUCUUCUCCACGGACUGGACGCUAGGGAAGCAACAAGCUUGAUUGAAUCACAUAGCCUAUGCUACAAUAACGAGACGGCUAUUUGUCCGUUUUCCCUCAGAAGCAAGCCGUGCAUUUGGUGAGUGAGAGCUGUGGAGGGGAGAUGACGGCCGUGUACAAAGACGACCAGGGUGACUGGAUGACCGUCUGCCUCAAGUACCUCCUCUUCGUCUUUAAUGUCCUCUUCUGGGUUGGUGGAGCGGCGGUGAUGGGCGUGGGCAUCUGGACCCUGAUAGACAAGAGUGAUUACCUGAGCCUGCUGGCCUCCAGCACCUUCGCCGUGUCCGCCUACAUCCUCAUCCUGGCCGGGGCCCUCGUCAUGGUCACGGGCUUCCUGGGCUGCUGCGCCGUCAUCAGGGAGCAGAGGAGCUGCCUGUCCACGUAUUUCUGCUGUCUGUUAUUGAUCUUUCUCAUAGAGCUGGUGGCAGGAGUCCUGGCCUACGUGUAUUACCAGAGGCUCAGUGAGGAGCUGAAGCAGCACCUGAAUGAGACCAUGACAGAGAACUACGCCCAGCCAGGGAAAGAGGCCAUCACCCUGGCCGUGGACAGACUACAGCAGGAUUUCAAGUGCUGUGGCAGCAACAACUCAUUUGAUUGGCUGCAUAGUGUGUACAUGACCUCGGCUGUGUCGGAGGGCAGGGUGGUCCCGGACAGCUGCUGUAAGACCAUCACCUCCCUCUGUGGCCGCAGAGACCACCCCUCCAACAUCUACAAGACUGAGGGUGGCUGCAUCACCAAGCUGGAGCAGUUCCUGGCUGACCACCUGCUGAUCAUCGGAGCUGUGGGGAUAGGAGUAGCCUGUCUACAGAUCUGUGGGAUGGUGUUCACAUGCUGCUUACACAGAAGGAUUAAGUUGGAUCCUUACUGAACCCUACCGUCAAGCCCCCCCAACACCAUCCUGCCUUAUGGGCCAGGGAGCAACGAUGCCUGCUGAACACUCACCCUUGACCUCUAACCCCUCCUAACCUCUGAACCUUAUGAUCCAACCCUGCCUGGACCUUCCUGGAUCCUUCUGCACCUCUCCUUUAGCAUGGAUGCAUGCACAGCCCCCCCCCCCCUCUCUCAAAGACAAGGCCAAUGAAGAAGAGAUGAUUUGGUAUUAUGGUAUUGUUCUUUUCUGUAGUAAACCUACUGCUGUUUAUUUAAGGUAGUUUUUACUGUAUGUUGUCAAUACAGUCAAAUCCUUACUGUAGAUUUCACAACAUUCCACACAACUGGAAGGCAACCCGAAGUGGUUGUGACUGAGAAUCAAGUGUACUGUACACACUCUCAUGGUGUUGCUGCUUACGAAGGGUUAUUCAGUUAGUGCUAUAUCCAGUGUGUCACGGAUGUGGCCCACAACGUGCCUCUGUCAUUGUUUUAUCAUGUAUUCUUUGAUAGCAAUGUUACACCAAUUGAAUGGUUCACCACAAAGGGAAUCCCAUGGUCAUCGAUGUUUGAUCUACGUCACAAAGAAAACAAUCAUGAGUUGAUUGAUAUCCACAGAAUAAUCAAGCAGAUUUGGGGAAAACCUGUACUUGAUAUGAAUGAAAAUAGCACUAAACGCUGCUAAUAGUAACUGUAACGGUUUUCUAGGUGUGGUGAAGGAGAGUCGGACCAAAACGCAGCGUGUAGAUUGCGAUCCAUGUUUAAUGAACAAAAAAAACGUAACACGAAUCUAAAACACAAACACUACAAAACAA